AUGGUCAGCGGCGGAGGAAGAUAUGCUCUUAUGCGAGAUCAAAACAACACAGAGGAUCAGCUCCGCUUGACGGGAUCGAAGUUGGACACGCCUAUCACGGCACCAAUGAUGGCGGUCACAACAACUCCACCGGCGGCUAUACUCAGCAGGAAGUUCUUCAGCGACGGCGAGACGCCGCUUGCCGCCUCCGCCACGUCCGGAACCACCAUUGACGCGGUCAACGCGGCGGCGGUCAACCCAGUGACGGCCUUCUCCUUCAGCGAAGCCCUGACCUUAAACUUGCCGGCCGCCGGAGUCGCCUUGGACGACCGCAGGGGAAGCGGCUUUAAGAAGGCGCCGGCGAUCGGCUGCGUCUUCUGGCUGGCUCGGACCAGCGGCACCGCCAUGGAUAAUGCUGAGGUGGUGGCGGCCAUAGUUAAUUUGCUUGUGCUUUUUUUCUUUUGUGUGAGUGUUGCUUUGGAUGUGAAAUGA